ACAGAAUGUACGUACGUACAUUUGUGUACGUACUGCACUGCUGCACUGUGCAUGCAGCAGGGAAUAUUGCUAGGCGCUUUCAAUGUCACCAAAAACUUUGACAUGGGGUCGUUAGUUCUUCUCAAAAUUUCCUUUCCUUAGUUGUUCCCAGACAACAGAUUCAUACUUGUUUGACAAAGUCAAAAGAGUGUUCAUCGCGCUCCUGAAAAAACUCAGCUCCUGAGUUCGUCGUACAAAAAACACUGGUUUAUGUUCCCAUGUACACGAUGGGAGAUAAGGACUCAAUUUGCAGUCACGAUGAGUCUGCUGACGAGGGGCAGAUGGAGAUCGAACGAGUCUUGAGCCCCAACGGGGACAGCCACGCCAGACCGGACGACAGUAGGGAGACGGGGAUACUGCGCAGGUCCAACAGCGCCCCCAUGUUUGACGGACCAACGAUGAGUGAUGAGUCGCCCGUAUUUCAACCAAUCAGAGAGAGACAGAGAGUGCGACGAUUCAGCGCCAACUUGUCCGGCAAUGGCAAAGCUGCCAAUGCGAGUACCCCGGUGCGCAUUCCAUCGCGCAUCCGACAGAUACAACAGGAAGAGAGUCUGGAUGUUCGCAGCAGAGAAGCAGAGCACGAAAGAGAAGUGCAGUCCGCCUUUCAGAUCAGUCAUUCUUGUGAUGAAAUGAAGUUGGGUGAGAGCAUCAAGGCUCUAAGAUCGGAUGGUAAGACGUCAUUCUCAGAGCCGCUGCGGAUCCUGACCUCAUCCCUUCCUGUUCCAUCUACGCCCUCACCCAACAGAGACCGGACGCCAGGAAAGCAAUGCUUUUCACCAUCGAUGCAGAUCUCCAUGCGCAGUAACUCUCUCACCCCCAGCCCGAUACCAAGCCCCACCAGACAGACAUCAAGACGCAGCAUGAGCCCUGUACUUAAACCAAGUCUACUUAACCUCAAGAGGAAAUAUGACAGUGACAGUGAUGCUACCCCACCAAAGAGACAACUUCUAUGUUCUCCAUCUCACAACAGCAGUAAUCAAAGUUUAUGCAGUUUGAGUUCUGAUGAUGCCAGCCCCCCACAGAGAAACAUCCCGGACCCCUCGGCUAGCUUGGCCAUCCCCGUAUCCACGAGUGGAUCGGUCUUUGCUUUUGCUAUGAGUGACACGCACCUUUGACAGUAAGCCUGUUCCAUUUAACUGAAAAAGGGGGAAAGUCUAGGUAUACACAUGUGGUUGUCUUUGUUUCUUUUGAUCAUCCAAGAUGAUUUUGUGUGUGAGUUUGUUUCUGCAAUCAGUAGGGGACGUUGAACAAUAGAGGACAAAUAGGGUCCUCAAUUCCCAAUAGGUCCCCAAUUUGGUAGGUCUUCCUAAAAAGUUCAAGUACAAACAAAAGAGGGACAAUAGGGGGUUCACGAUUGCAGGCAAA